GUUACUGUUGAUCCUGUUUUAACAUUAUUUUUAUUUUAUUUAAAACAACCUGCACACAACUCUUUUUCGGACUGCUUUAAAGACCCGGAGGAACACCGACCUCCCGCUUGGAACCAACGCCGACCUGCGACACUUCUCUGGCGGCCUCAGCAGCAGCAGUUCCCCGGUGAGAGGAAGAGGAGGAGAGGGGGGGGGGGCGCCUCGGUUAUAAACACGGACCAUAAACCCCGUUCUUUGAAGCUCUGGGAUCCGCUGGUGGAAGAGGAGGAGGAGGAAGAGGAGGAGGCAUUGCUGGGAUGUUUGAGCCGCGCUGUUUGGUGGGGUGACCGAGAGAGAGAGAGGAAGAAAGAGAGAGAGAGAGAGAGAGUGGCCGCAGAGACCGAGAGAGGAGCCGGGAGCAUGGCUCUGGCAUCGCUGUCUCUUUGGGUGCUUACGAGUCUCACCUGGGGCAGCGUGCUCCAGGUGUCAGCCAACAGGCACUCCGUUUACUGGAACAGCUCCAACAUACAUCUACGCAGAGAGGGUUACACGAUGCAGGUGAACGUCAACGACUACCUGGACAUCUACUGCCCUCAUUACAAUGACACCCAGCGCAUGGUGGGCACCGGAGAGCAGUACGUCCUCUACAUGGUCAGCUACCGCGGCUACAGGAACUGCGACCCUCAGCUUGGCUUCAAGAGGUGGGAGUGCAACCGGCCCCACGCCCCCCACGCACCCAUCAAGUUCUCGGAGAAGUUCCAGCGCUACAGCGCCUUCUCGCUGGGCUACGAGUUCCACGUCGGCCAGGAGUACUACUACAUCUCCACACCCACUCACCACCACGGACGCAGCUGUCUCAGACUACGCGUGUACGUCUGCUGCUCCACAGCCUCUGAUGUGGAUGAUGAGCCAGAGCCCACAGAACCAGACUACACGCUGAGACCAGGCCUAAAAAUCGAUGAUAUUGACGAAUACAACCCAUUUGUUCCCAAACUGGAGAAGAGUGUCAGCGGAAGCAGUCCGUCCAGGGAUCGACUUCUCCUAACCGUGACGAUGCUCUUCCUUGCCGCCCUCUUCAUCUCCUAGCAGCAGGUGUUGCCGUCAGCGUCGCCAUGCCUUUCGGGGAAGACGUCAGCGUGUGGGGGAGCUGGCUCGGAGGGAAAAGCGAGGGCAUAAAGAAAGCAGGAGGGAAGAGCAGCAGGGUUUUUUUUUUUUUUAAGCUAUACGUUUUUCAAUCGUCAACAUGCAAAACGAGUAAGUUUGGACAGCUGUUUUCUUUUUCUUUUUUUAUGGGAGCACCGAAAGACCUCGAGGGACUCGGUGACACAGACCGAACUGUUAAGUUGUGCUAAACACAGCCUGUUCUUGCAGGUGCAGGUGCCGUUGAAUGUGUUUUUGUUUCUGUGUGCAUCUGCUUGCCUGUGCGUCUGAGCAGGCCGCAGGGUGAGCUUGUUGAAUCACGCUCACCCCUCAAAGCAUUUAUACAACCAGAGAGGAGGAGCUAAAACCUCCACUUAAAAGGAAGAACUCCAGCCACCCAAUUAUAAAUGAUUUGAAGAUUUGUUUUUUUUUCAUGGACCUGAUUGGCUAUAACACUUUCUUAGGGCUAGUUGCCAUAGUUUCUUGCACCAAGAUGAAAGGAGCAGACUUCAGCAGAACUGAACUGAUAUUGCCUUUCCUUUUCUCGUCCCUAAUGCUGGGAGCUUGUCCUAAUCUGCAGAGGAAAAUAUAUAGAACCCAACAAAUGAUCUGCGCUGGGUCUGGUUAGGAAACUAGACAGAGUAGCUAAUAGUUUAUACACACAUACCCAGAAAAGAACACCGCUGGGCUCAGAUGCAAGUGUUUCAUCAGCCAUCUAAACUGUGUCAUCCUGCAUUUAUGUCUGAUCAAUCUAUCGAAGGGAAAAUGAGAAAAUACAGAGCGUUUAAAAGAUAAAUCUUUUACUAUAUUGUAAUUUUUUUUUGUGGGGGAGAAAAGGAAAAAAAAAAAGAAUUUAAAUGUGCCAUUUACAGAAACUGCAAGGGUUUGUUAAUGUUUUUAAUUUUCAGAGAUAGAUAUUAUUUCCGUCUUGUUCGCUAAAAUACUCAGUUAUAUUCCUCUGACGUCUCUGGGGUUAGCAAAGCACAUGAUGGCGACGGAGCAGCCACUCAGCAAUACUGCGCCUCCUCACAACAGACUGUUCAGACGAGAAGAGGAGGAGCGGGGAGGAAGGAGAUUUCCUUCACACGGCCACAAGCGUAAAAAAACCCCAACAACAACAAAAAAAAACAAAAAACAAGUUCCCCGCUGGUCCAAGAUUCCACCAUGUUCUCUGUAAACCUUUACAUCAGACGUUCUGGUUGUGUUUGAGUGAGAAAAUAUGCUUGGCAGUUAAAAAGAAGUGUUUUAAAUGGUACUAACAAAUGAGAAUCUGUCCACAUGUGGGUUGUGUUAAAAGUAUGGCAAGCAACAAAAAAACAAAACAUGUUAUAGAGGCAAACUAAGUGCUACGGUGGGGGAGAUACAGCAAUUCAUUGACAUCGUUCGGUCUCAUCAGAAUAUAGCAUUUCAAUAGUUACUAGCACCUUAUUUCACUGCGGUCCCCCAACCCUGAUGAUCUCCCGUAGAGAGUGGCUCACUGUAGUUUCUGGUAAAACAGAUGGAGGUGAUGAUUAUACUGUUGAUUAAAAGAACGAUGAUGAUGAUGAUGAUGAUGAUGAUGAUGAUGGACUGCGAGCUUGACGGCUGGCCCACAAGGUCAUUCAUCGGCUCACCCACCGGCACAUGAGGCAUUCAGGUACUCGUGUAAAUGUCACAACAGACAUAGAAUGAAAUUUACAAAGUCUUGAAAUAUACAGAAGUGAAAUGUGCUGUAAGAAUCAUUAUUAACUUGAAGUUCUGUUUUUCUUUUUUCCGUUUGUUUUUUUUUUUUUUGUGUUUUCUUUUCCAUUCUUCUGUAGCUGAUUAAUGAGGUACAGUUGUGACCAGAUAUUAACACUGUGUAAAAAAGACGUGUGUCCAUUUUUUUCCCUCCCUGUCUCACAUUGAACCAGACAAAAACGUUCCUAUUUUGGGUCACUUAGGACGAGCAAAGUUCCUUCUAUCUACUAAGAAUAAAUAUACAUUUGGAAGAAUUAUCUUGACUUGGGUCAAACAUUUUGGCCAUUCUUCUACUUAAAUUUCUGACAAUAAUUUUCUGGUAAACAGAUCCUGACAGAUCAACUUAGAAGUUAGAACCGAGUUUGGCCACUACUUAUAUGCAAUUGUUUUAACAGGUAACACCUUUAGUUACCUGGGAAUUGUACCCAAGGUUUAACCCGACUUGUGGAAGUCCACAGCCAUCUUCCUGUUAUCUUGAUUCAUCAGAUAUUUUUCAUGAUUUUACGCAAGGAAGUUUGUAACUUAAGUUGUUGCCUAAAUUUCAUCAGCACUUAACUUUGGCUGUUCUAAAUGACCUAAAAGAAAUCAACUUAGACUGAUUUAUUGUGAGACAGAGGAAAAAUGGUGGUCUUUUUUAUUUUUUAUUUUUUUUAUUUUUUACAGUGUAUGUAAAUAUCUAUCUUCAAAUGUUUAUUUUGGUUAUGUUUAGCGGAUGAUCUGGGGUAAAACAAAAUUGCAAACUAAAAUAGAAAGAGCCAUAUGUAAAUGUGGGCUGUGGAAUAUCUCCUUUAACUUAUUAAUUUUUAUUUAUUUUUUUUACAUCCAACAACAGUCCACACCUGUGUUGUUUUGAUAAGGGGUCAUAUUAUGUCUAUUCCUCACAAGUCAACCAUAAUCAAUGAAAGUAAGCUAUUACACAACAUACAUGUGGGGUAUGAAUGCAAGAUUUGACUCUUUAUCUCUAUAAUUACUUUAAACACUUAAGCAGCUGGGAAAAUGAACUCAUACACAAUAGUUUAAGUACAUGGGGUAUAAAAUAGUUUGUAGAAAAUGACAUGGGUACAAAACAGGGGCACCAGAAUGAAAAGGAGCUGAUUGGAAGAUAGUGAUGAGUUUAGCCAUCAUAAGAAACUUAGUGAAAUAUUUUUGUUUGCAGUUGCUCUUUAUAAACUAAGGAAAGAGAACCAAGACAAACUGCUUGGGCAUAAUCUUUAAAACAAACUUGGUCUCUUGUAUUACCUUCGAUGAAGACAAUGAUUUCAGAAAAGGUAUGAUUUAAGUAUAGCCUACAUCCCACAAAGCUUUUUGAUGGUUUUAAGUCUGGUCAAAUGAGUUAUGAUAGACCUCCAAAUUUCUUUUAAAGAUGUAUAAAAACCCCAAAAUAGAUAUUUAAUUGCAGUGGCAUAAUCUCUGCCUGAAAAAAUCAGAAAAAAUCCAACCUUUAACUUUUUUCUUUGCUUUACAAAGUUAGAAAUAGACGCUUUUUUUUGCUUUUUUUUUACUUGAGCCGUUUCUAUAAAAUAAAUCUGGUUUAAGCAUUUGAAUUUGUAUAUCUUUUAAAAGUAGACAGUGUCUCAGGAGUUUGAAUGAGUAAUCUAUGACUUUCUGUGUCCCUUGUUUAUAAAUACAGAGGUCCGUCUCUCUUAUCCGCUCUUUGUGAAGACAGGAAAACAUGUUACAAGUACGGAAGAUGUGUGUCGAUUCUCGUAAAUCAGGAAAUGGCAAAAAGAAACUACUCAGCCAUUUACAGUCACAGCAAUGACUAAAAUACAGAAAAUUGGAACUCUGUUAAUAUAAUUCUUUAAUCUAUCCUCUUUUCUGACGUAAUUGUGUGCUUGUAGUUAAAGAGUCCAUUAUUGUUGUGAAAGUUUUAAAAUCUCUAAAGUCUGGAAUUUCUUACCGACGUGUGCAAACAACACGUCUGGAGAAUCUAUGUUAAUAAACAGACAAGAGAUUGUGCCUACAAACGAAUAACAAACUUGAUCACAGUUAUGUGACGCAGCCCAUGUGUACAUAUGGCUCCCAGUGGAAGAGUGAGGUAUUAAAAUGUUGCGGUCGGAGGGUUGAGGAGCGCCCUGCGAGAGCAAAUCACUCUUCUACAAGUUGCACUUAAGAACUCAAGACACGAGAGCAAGAGAGCGAAAGAGUGAGAGGCAGAACUGAUUCCUGCUCAUCACCGUAAAUGUGCGUGCGUGCGUGCGAGUUUGCGUGCGUAUAAGUGAACAGGUAAGAGACUGUGUGAGUCACCGUCUGUGUUUUUUUGUUCCUUCGCUGUCAGUGUGAGAAUGUGCGACCAACCGUCUGGCAAAAACAAAAGCAUUUAAUAGCGUUGGAAACAACAUUUACAAUCAUGUUUACCUUUGACUGGAAUGACUUUAAAUGAACUUGAAAAAUAAAAUGUAAACUGAACAAAC